GCGGAAGGGGUGGUGUCGCUGUUGCGCACCGUGGCGGCCUAUGUACGGCCGUGGGUUCCGGAGGCGGGCCUUCUUCGGCCCCGAGGGUGGAGUGUGCUCCGGGUAGUUCGGUAGCUACGGAAAGGUGGUGAUCAGCGUUCGGUUACACUGGGCCGAGCGGUCAGACUUUGGUUAUUUUGCUAUUUUUGAGACAAAGUCUCGCUGUGUAACUCAGGUUAGCUUUGAACGUUAUGUAGCUCAAGCUGGCCUGGAACACGUCGAUGCUAUGCAGCAUCCAGAAUGCUAACGUUACAGGCUGGACCAACCUUAGGAAUUUUUUGUUUUGCUUUGUUUUGACUAGCGCUCCUGUAGUCCACGCUUGCCUUGCACAUGAUCCUCUGGUCUACACUUCCUAAAAAGAAGAUUAUAAAUGUCAGAGCCAUUUAACUGAUGAUGGUUAGCUGUUGAAUUCUGAUACUUUUGUGCCCACCUCUUUGUUGGGAAAAAUUCAGGAAAAGCAGAUAGAAGAGAACAUCCACAUUAGCAAUGGCUAUACCAAUAACAGUGCUUGACUGUGAUCUCUUGCUGUAUGGCCGAGGUCACCGGACCUUAGACCGUUUUAAGCUGGAUGAUGUGACUGAUGAAUACUUGAUGUCCAUGUAUGGAUUUCCCCGGCAAUUCAUCUACUACUUAGUGGAACUCUUGGGGGCAAGUCUUUCUCGACCUACUCAGCGAUCUAGAGCUAUUAGCCCAGAAACACAGAUCCUGGCAGCAUUAGGUUUUUAUACCUCAGGUUCCUUCCAGACUCGGAUGGGAGAUGCAAUUGGAAUUAGUCAAGCCUCUAUGAGUCGCUGCGUUGCCAAUGUCACUGAAGCCCUUGUGGAACGGGCCUCCCAGUUUAUUCGCUUUCCAGCUGAUGAAGCUGCCAUACAGUCUCUCAAGGAUGAAUUCUAUGGCUUGGCAGGGAUGCCAGGGGUGAUAGGUGUGGCUGACUGUAUCCAUGUAGCAAUCAAGGCACCAAAUGCUGAAGACCUCUCUUAUGUGAACCGAAAGGGUCUGCAUUCUUUAAACUGCCUGGUGGUGUGUGACAUCAGAGGGGCACUGAUGACUGUGGAAACAAGCUGGCCAGGUAGCCUCCAGGACUGUGCUGUGCUACAGAGGUCUUCUUUAAGCAGUCAGUUUGAAACUGGGAUGCCCAAAGAUAGCUGGCUUCUUGGUGACAGUUCCUUCUUUCUCCACACCUGGCUCUUGACUCCACUACACAUUCCUGAAACUCCAGCAGAAUAUCGCUAUAAUAGGGCCCAUUCUGCAACUCACAGUGUGAUGGAGAAGACUUUGCGGACCCUCUGCUGUAGGUUCCGGUGUCUGGAUGGAUCGAAAGGGGCACUGCAGUACUCACCAGAGAAAUCCAGCCACAUCAUCUUAGCUUGUUGUGUCCUUCACAACAUUUCCCUAGAACAUGGGAUGGAUGUUUGGUCCUCUCCAGUGACUGGACCCAUUGAACAGCCCCCUGAGGGGGAGUAUGAGCAAAUGGAGUCUCUGGACUUAGAAGCUGACCGAAUCCGGCAGGAGCUGAUACUCACUCAUUUUAGUUAGUAUGGAAGGUAGAGAGAGGAAGGAAGAAGACUUUCCAGAAUAGACUGACAACUCUUCCCCUUACUUAUCGGGAAGUUCAGUCAUCCAGUGGUACUGAACACUUGUCAUAAAUUAACAUUUAAAGUUUUAGAAGGGCAGGUGCAAGGGCAAAUGUGUCAAUUAGACCAAAAUCAAGAUGGUGUUUCCCUAAUGUGCGGUGAACUCCGGGCUGUGCGCUAUUCUUGUGAAAGUUCACUGGUUGCAACAGCAAAAUCACACAAUAAAGGAGAAAACAGCACAUAGCCAAAGCA